GGCGGCUGCAACGCUGUGCUCGUUUCCCUGCAAGUGACACAAGAAAAUCUUAGAAAAAGAAGCGAGAUCGAACAUCUAGCUCUAAAUAGUGAUAACAAUUAAACCGUAGGCCCCUUGUGUCUAGUGUCGUGAAUUCUUAUGCGUCAAUGUUGGACUUAGCCAUGGUUUUCUUUCUUCUUUUGAUGCCACAUCAAUUCUGUGGUCCUCUAUGUCAUCGACCGACAUCGUGGGCUGCGUCCAGGGAGCGCCCGCCUCUCCUCGUCCCUCCAAUGGACCAGCCGGCAUGGCCAAGAGAGAGACGGCGUUCUCCGGAAGUGCUCUUCAUUUGGACUGAUAGCGCGGCUGCAGGCCAAUGUCGCGAGGCGCGGUUACAUUCUCCAGGGAACGCCGCACCAGUGGAAGCGUCAACGAGUGCAACUGGCUGCUAGGCAAGCCCACGGAGCUGGUGCCCACCCUCCUCGGCAUGUACGACGCCCUGGUGGGCCGAUCGGAGGACGCCGUCGACGCGGACGCCACGGCCGGCCUGCCCGUCGGCAGCGCCGCGCACCACCCCCGCACGCCCACCACUAGCCCCACGUCGGCCUGCCCGCCCCCCGGGGGCGGCUCUGGACCCGGGGGAGGGGGCAGACUGGAUCUGGACGAGGAGACGGUGCUCGGGGUGCCCCGGCCAUUGUCCGUGACGUCCAUCGCCUCUUCGUCGUCGUCCUCUUCGGGCACCAGCAGCUGCGGCCGGCAGCUCGGCGUGGCCCCCAAGUCGUCGGCCUACCUCGCCUCCAUCGAGUCCCUGGACGACACGGACGACGAGGAGGGCCUCGGCAAGAGCGCCAGCAACAGCUCGCAAGGUUCCGCCGGGUCCGGUUCCGGCGACAGCGGCGUCUGCUCGCCCUGCUCGCCCUGCUCGCACCUGGCGCCGCCGCUGCUGCAGCAGGGGCAGAGCUACCGCCACCCGCAUCCCCACCUCAGCUUCAUGGACCGCGUCGUCAUGGAGAUCAUCGAGACGGAGGGGGUGUACGUGCGGGACUUGCAGCAGAUCAUCAUGGGCUACCUGACGGUGUGGCGCUGCCGGCCGGACUGCGCGCUGGGCGCGGCGCAGCUGGACGCGCUGUUCGGCAACAUCCAGGACGUGUACCACUUCAACGCGCAGUUCCUGCGGCAGCUGGAGCAGUGCGACCUGGACCCCGUGCAGGUGGCGCGCUGCUUCGUGCGCAACAACGCCGGCUUCUCCGUCUACACCGAGUACUGCACCAACUACCCCAGGACGGUGGGCGUGCUGACGGAGCUGAUGCGCCGCGAGGGCACGGUGCGGCUGUUCCGCGAGCGGCAGGCGGCGCUGCAGCACACGCUGCCGCUGGGGUCGUACCUGCUCAAGCCCGUGCAGCGCAUCCUCAAGUACCACCUGCUGCUGCAGAACAUCGUGAAGCACUCGUCGUGCGACCGGCAGGGCCGCGACGGCUACGGCGACAUCGUGGACGCGCUGUCCACCAUGACGGCCAUCGCGCACCACAUCAACGACAUGAAGCGCCGCCACGAGCACGCCGUGCGCGUGCAGGAGAUCCAGAGCCUGCUCUACGGCUGGGAGGGCGAGGACCUGACCACGUUCGGCGAGCUGUGCGCCGAGGGCACGUUCAGGAUGGCUGGCGCCAAGGCCCUGCGCCACGUGUUCCUGUUCGACAAGAUGCUGCUCAUCACCAAGAAGAAGGAGGAGGCCAUCCUGGGCUUCAAGGCGCACAUCAUGUGCUCGAACCUGAUGCUGAUCGAGAGCGUCCCCGGGGAGCCGCUGAGCUUCCACGUGAUCCCGUUCGACAAUCCGCGCAUGCAGUACACCCUGCAGGCGCGGACGCUGGAGCAGAAGCGGGAGUGGAGCAUGCAGCUCAAGAGGGUCAUCCUGGAGAACUACCACGCCGUCAUUCCGUCGCACGCGCGCCAACUAGUCAUGGAGCUGGGGCAGAACCGGGCGGACGAUGCCGCCCUGGCCGACAAAGUGACCCCCAGGAGGCAGCACUCGGCCCCGGAGUACCUGGAGAGGCGAAAGCAGGAGAGAGAGAGGCGCAAGUCUGAGACGGGGCUGCGAUAUCGCCUACGCCGCAACCGCAAGUCCGAUGCAGACACCAUCGCCGAGUCUGCUACGAGGCGGGGACGGCGAGGCUCGAGCAGCAGCCGAGAGGGAGAGAGAGAAGACUCACUACUAAGCUUAGCGGACCGCACGAGGGAUCGCUUCGCCAGCUGGCGGAGGAAGUCGGAGCCGGUGGGCUACCUGGGCGCCUCCAACGGCGUCGCCAACGCCAACAAACGGCCAAUCACCAUUGAUCUCCAGGACCGCGUCGAAGACGUCCCCACGCCGACGCCCAGCCCGCCGCCCGCUGCCACCAGCACCACCACAGCCACCGCGAGGCUGGCUGAAGACGACCUAGACGACGACCAAGUUCCUACCGCCACCCAAACGCCCGCCGCCUCCCAAGGAUCGCGACCGGCUUCGCCGCUGACGGCGUCCACCCCACUGUCGUCGCCGACGUCGACACCGUCCUCGCAGCCGUCCGAGACGAUCGAGCAGAUCGUGAGCCAGCUGCUGAUGCAGAACCGCGAGUUCCAGCGGAUCCUCAAGAAGCAGCAGCGGCAGAUCAGCCUCCGGCACCGGAUCACCGCGCCGAGCUCCAAGGCCGGGGAGACGACCGACGACGACGCCGAGGACGACGACCUGGGCGAGGAGGAGGAGGAGUCCAUCUACGAGACGCUGUCGGCGCUGGCCACGGUGCACCACAGCGCGCACCGCCGCAGCCACCUGGUGGAGUGCUCCAACGACGAGGACGACUACGUGACGCUGGUGUGCCGCGCCGACCCCAAGGACGAGGACGACGACGACGACCAGUCCCGGCCGUGCAGCCGCCUGGACAACAAGCAGGACGACGAGGACUCGCCGCCGCCCACCGCGCCGCCCCGGCCCAGGGCCAGGUUAAAGCGCGUCGCCGCCAAGGACGGCGCGCUGGGGGCGGCCCCGCGGGGGGUGGCCCCGCUGGGGGUGACGCGGCAGGACAGCCUGCAGAGCCUGUGGGAGCGGCUGCGCCGGUCGCAGCGCCUGGGCGGCAAGGCCACGUCCUUCGGCUCCUUCGGCACCAGUGUGCGCCGCGCCGCGUCCUUCACGUCGCAGCAGAGCCAGCACAGCCAGCACAGCCAGCACAGCCAGCAGAGCAACUCGCACUUCUACGUGGACACGCCGUGCGCCGUGAGCGGCGGCCUCAGCGGCGGCCUCAGCGGCGGCUCGUGCCAGCCCAUCACGCCCGCCGUGUGGCUCAAGCAGCAGGGCCCGCACCUGGAGACGGCCAUGGCCCUGGCCAGCAGCCACAAGGCGGGCUCGCUGCCGCGCAGCUUCCAGGUGGGGCCCGAGGGCGAGGCGCUGCCGGGCCGCAGCAAGGAGACGCUGCGCGCCUGCAUCCUGCGCAGCGGCCGCUCGUGCCCCGACCGGCCCUUCACCAUCGCGUCGGACAAGCCCUCCAGGCUGCCGUCGCGGCUCAGCAUGGAGGACAUGGAGCGCUUCGAGCGGCACCACGGCCUGCACGGCCAGGGCGGCGACACCACGGAGGACGACAGCAUGACGGAGUACACGGCCACCCCCAACGCCAGCCUGCACGAGCUCAACGUGCACCCCGAGUACAAGAUCUACCGGCCCACGCUGCCCGGCAUCUCGCUACGCCACGUGCUGGCCAAGCUGGCCGCGGGGCUGAGGGGCGGCGCCACCCCCACGCCGGCGGGCUCCGAGACGGCCUCCAUCGACUGGGAGGGCGAGCGCGUGCUGCAGCGAGAGCGGCGCCGCGUGGCCGCCGUCGUGGUCAAGCAGUACAGCAAGACGCUUCGCCGGCGCAUCCGGAACCUCAUCGGCGACGAACAGGACGGCGCCAGUGUCGCGGCGGCCACGUCGGCGACGUCGGUUGGGACCGCCGCCGCGGGCACGGCCUCCACGACGACCACCACGUACGCGCAGGGCAGCUCGGGGCUGGGGGCGCGCAUCGCGUCGCUGACGGCCGAGUCGGACUACGCCAACCCCCGGCUGCUGUUCCAGUUCCAGCACGUGCGCCCCUCCAAGAAGGUCGCCGCGCUGCUGGGCGUCCGCCCCGACUCGGUGCUCUCCGUGGCGUCGGCCGCGUCCGCCGCGUCGUCGUCCAACUUGACUGCGUCCACGUCGGCGUCCUCCAGCGACGGCGACAAGACGUCGGGCUUCGGUGGCAGCGUGGACGCGGCGCCGCACAGGCCCAUGGGGCUGACGGGGCUGGGGCUGCCGGUGCCUGCCGCUCCGCUCGCCGUGCCGGACGCCCUCGCCGACGCCCAGGACGCCGCAGAGCCGCCCGCGACCACGUCGUCGUCCUCGGCGGAGGACGCCGCCGGCAGCGACUGCUCCGCGGACAGCUUCUACGAGCGCUCGUUCGAGGCCAUGGAGUCUGUGCUGGAGUCCACGGACGUGUUCCGGGACAGCGCCGUGUUCACGGACCACGACGACUGCUCCCUGGAGGAGAGCGACGACUCGUCGGCGCCGCCUCGCUACCCGCCGCCACCGCCUCCGCAGCAGGAGCAGUCCAGUGACUCGCCCUCGGCCUCGCUCGCGGGAGAAACGGCCACCGCCCUGGCCGCGACCCCGACCUCCGCAACGAACUCGGUGCGGCAGCAGCCGCGAAGCAAAGUUCCUCCGCCCGUGCCAUCCAAACCCAAGAAGCACUUGAGGCCCUCUCUCGGCACGGGAGACCUGGCCAGCAUCCCCAUGACCUCGCUAGUUAGCCGCCUCUCUGAGGUGGCCUUGCCUAGUCCAGUUCUCCCCGCCGCCUCGACCCCGGCCGCACCCUUGGCCGUCCCGGACCAGGAUGACCAGUGCGACAGCGGCUCGCAGUACUCGGCGGCCUCCACAGUGAUGGAGGGGGCCUCCUGCCCCGGGGCUUGCCCUGGCGGCGCGUGCCCCUCGGGCCCCACCUCCAAGGGCUGGGUCAAGCACGUCAUCGGCCGCCUCCAGGGCGAGGCGCACCUCGCCCACUCAUGAGACAACCACUACACUGGUCGUGUGUGAGAUGUUUUCCUUGACUUGACAUUAUUUAUUUGCACCUGGCCAGACCCAUAUUGUGUGUCAGCGGAUUUCAGGUCUGGGUCGCAACGUGCCACAACUGUCCAGUGUCUGUUCAGUGCAUAUUCAUACCAAUUUACUGUGCACUUACAAUGUGUCGAGAGGAUAGUUAUGGUAGUUAUACCUUGUGCUGUUCGUGAAAACGCCUUUUCAGACCUGUUAUAUUAUUACUGAAUUCAAAGCGAUUGAGAGGGUUUCUACUCCCACUAAACUUCUAGUCACUGCUUUUUGUGAUGGCCCACAGCAAAAUUUGUCAAAAUGAAGCAUAUUUUUGGGCUGCAAAGGAACAAACUUCUCAAUUUAAGUAUUCAUUUCACCACUAUGCACCCCAAACAGCAGAAUAAUUUCUUUUUUAAUUUGAGGAACCUUACAGCAAACUAAACUAACAUCUCGUAGAACUGCCGCUGUACCUUAUGCAGAACACGAUGGAGUUAAUGAAUGUAAAUGCGGCUCUUCAUUUUUCUUCUGCAGACGGAGUCCACCAUAGUCAGACUGAAUAUUCUUAAAACUCAGUGCUCAGUAACCCUGUUUUGGUUCUUCUUUAAAAUUCUCCGAUACAUUCCCUGUUAAUGUGUCAACCAAUGUAGAUUUUUAAGUUUUAAAUUUUGAGAGCCCUAAAUGCCGUAAUGGCCUGAAUUUAAGUAAGCUGCUGUGUCGUCAUUUUCUUUUCAACAAUUGAGCUUCAAAAUUGGCAAGUUCAAUAUCUCAUUUGUAGGGUGUUUUUUUUUUCUAUACAUACAUGGGGGUUUUAAUAAGGGCAGAGAGAGGGCUUAAAUGCAGAUCAUUACAGUGUAUAUUUAAUUCACUAUGAAAUUUGAUUCUUUCCUUACAUGAAUUGCUUGACUUACCAUCAUACAUGUAUUUAUUUUCCAAAUGUGUUCUUAUGAUUUAUUGUGUUGGUUAAUUAUUAUACCAGUUGUUAUGAUUUAGAUGUCUAUAUUUGAGGUAGUUUUAUGGACCAAAUUUAAACAGAAAUAUUUUGUGAUACAACAUAUGCCAUGUUGCUGCUGAUGUUUUAGCUCAUUGUUAGAAGGUACAUACUACAAGUCUUAAUUUAACACUUAAAUAUUGACACAAGUCAAAUUUGUUUCUGUAGUUCAUAGCUUUAAUUUAACUUUUAAAUGUUAUGUUCUGUUUCGAUUGUUUGUUAUUAUUAUGAUAAUUCUGGCCAUUAAAAUGUUGCCAUGUUUCCAUUUUGGAGUCGUUUUUCUUUGAAUUGCUAUCGGUUGUUAACAUGAUGGUGCUUUCGAUCUCAAUGGAAGAAAAAAAUUAGAAAGAAUUAUGUCACAUAUGUCUGCAAGAGCAGUUCCAGCUAUCCCUGAGAGUCCUUCCCUGAGCAGUGCAGUACAGAACUAACUUUUCUGUUGUGAAAUUGAUAACUUAGCCUUGUGGUGUUAUGUGUAUCAAAUGGUUUGCAUGUACCAAAUUUUAAUUUAAGAUGUGUUUACAUUUUUUUUUACAUACCAUUGCAUGGCUUCUUUCACAAUUAUCUCUGACUGUAGUGGUGUAGGGACUUGAGAGGUGCUCCUAACAUAAUUCACUUUAGCUAAUUCUUCCAUUUUUGUAUGAAAUACAUUUAUAUGUUAUA